GAAACUGUACUCUUUGUACCAUCCAGAAAAUUCGUGAUUCAAAUGGAACGCUUGAGCGUUAUCCUCUUCAAUUUCUAUUCUCUCGCGAUCCUGGUGGAAUCAACGUCUACUGGAUCGUUAGCAAUGAUUGAAACUUCGUGGGACAAUGUACAUGACAACUCUACCCAGGUUGGAGAACACGCGAAGGAUUCGUUAUAUUUGAAUAACGCAUCAAAUGCAUUCACAAUUUCAACUGGUGACUUUUCAAGCAGUAAUAUUAAAAAUAUGCAACACAAUGAGGAUAAAGAAAAUGAUGCAGAUCGUAAAGAAGAACCAUCUGAAGAUUUGUCGUCGCAUGAUAUCCUACUGGAUCCUAGUUUAUUACCGGCUCGUCUAAGUCGUCAAACUGAAAAAGGUGAUGUUAAGUCUAACAACCAUGACGAUAGUAGAAGUAUUCUUUCGUCGAAAUGGAAUCUAAACUAUGAGGGUGAUCUCAGCGUGGCUGAAGAUAGAUAUCCAUCUGCAUAUCCGUAUUAUCGAAGAGAGUUUCCGAAUCAAAGAUAUCGAGCGAACGACAGAAGGGAACAUUAUCGUAAUGACUGGAGACAUCCUGUAUUUUCGGGAAAAUAAAUGGAAAUUUGAGUUUUUUCUUUUCCUUCCCAUUGAAAAAAAAUUAAAUUUGCAUAGCUAUGUAAGUAAAAAAUAGUAAUGACAAAUAUUCCUGAUAGAGAAA